AAGAAAGAAGAAAAGGAAGGAAGUUAACAACAGCAGCAGCAGCAGUAAGAGCAGUGACCGGGCAUGAACUUCAGCGGCUAGUUCACAACUUUGGGCCACGAGAAAAAAAGAAAGAAAGAAACUAAACUCAGACAGCGGCGGCGGCAGCAGCAGCAGCAGCAGUUUCCCCUCAGACCAUCAGACCACUUCAGUCAAAGGGAAACAAGGAAGUGAGCAGCUGACUGACUUCCAUUCGUUUUCCGCCGGGAAAGGAACAGUGGUGCACUGAUGUUGAUCGUGGAGUUACCUGUGUGAAGACGUGUCUCUAGACGGGGACAUGUUAUCUCUCAGAGCCAGACCUCCUCUGUCCUGACACAGGGAGUUUUACAACCAGGACCCUGACUGUCUACCUCAACACACGCAAAGUUCACUCCCUCUUAGGACAUCCACUAUUCCCCUUUCUACCUCAGCACGUUCUGUACACCCACGUAGCUGUUAUCAACCAGCUCAGGAACGUCAACAGACCCUUCACUUUAUCACCACGGCUCUCAGGUGUCAGUCAUCCAGCGAUAGUGUAACAGUUGACUGGGUUUCUUUCUGCUUCGCCGCCAUAAUCGCUAUCUGACCCUGCACUGGGAGGAGCUACCUGAAGCGGCCAUGUUACGUGUGGGUUUGUGAUGUCCGAGCCCUGCGACGGACCAGGACCAGGAGCAAGGGAGGGACAGGGACGGGGUGACAGACACGUUCCUCUGUUUGUGGUUGGCUGUGACAAUGAUGAGCAGGACAUGGGUCAGAUGGAGGCAGGCAUGAAGAACGAGAUGUUUCGAGAAGAGGAAAUGGAGGACGAUGAAGAUGAGUCGCCGUCAGAGCGACAGAUUGUGGUGGGCAUAUGUGCCAUGAUGAAGAAGUCCAAAUCCAAGCCCAUGACUCAGAUCUUGGACCGCCUUUGUAAGUUUGACUACAUCGAUGUGGUCAUCUUUCCCGAGGAGGUGAUCCUGGAGGAGCCAGUGGAGAAAUGGCCCCUCUGCGACUGCCUCAUCUCCUUCCACUCCAAAGGUUUCCCUUUAGACAAAGCUGUGGAGUACGCCAAGCUGAGGAAUCCCCUGCUCAUCAAUGACCUCAACAUGCAGUAUUUCAUACAGGACAGGCGGGAAGUGUACCGGAUCCUACAAGAAGAGGGUAUUGACCUACCUCGUUAUGCUGUGUUAAACCGAGAUCCCGACAAUCCUGAAGAGUGUAACCUUGUGGAGGGGGAGGAUCAUGUUGAGGUGAACGGGGAGGUGUUCCCUAAACCCUUCGUGGAGAAACCUGUUUGUGCUGAGGACCACAAUGUCUACAUCUAUUACCCAACAUCUGCUGGAGGAGGCAGCCAGAGACUCUUCAGAAAGAUUGGGAGUCGUAGCAGUGUAUACUCCCCAGAAAGCAGCGUACGAAAGACUGGAUCCUACAUCUACGAGGAGUUCAUGCCCACAGAUGGUACUGAUGUGAAGGUCUACACAGUGGGCCCAGAUUACGCCCAUGCUGAGGCCCGAAAGUCUCCAGCUCUGGACGGAAAGGUAGAGAGGGACAGUGAGGGGAAGGAGAUCCGCUAUCCCGUCAUGCUGACUGCCAUGGAGAAACUGGUGGCCCGCAAGGUCUGCCUGGCCUUCAAGCAAACGGUGUGUGGGUUUGAUCUGCUCAGAGCCAACGGCCACUCCUUCGUCUGUGAUGUUAACGGUUUCAGCUUCGUCAAAAACUCCAUGAAGUACUACGACGACUGUGCCAAAGUCCUGGGGAACAUGGUAAUGAGAGAGUUAGCCCCCCAGUUCCACAUCCCCUGGUCCAUCCCCAUGGAGGCUGAAGACAUCCCCAUCGUCCCAACAACCUCAGGAACCAUGAUGGAGCUGCGCUGUGUUAUAGCCAUUAUCCGCCAUGGAGAUCGCACACCAAAGCAAAAGAUGAAAAUGGAGGUCCGGCAUCCUCUAUUCUUCGAGUUGUUUGAGAAGUAUGGAGGCUACAAGUCAGGAAAGCUAAAGCUAAAAAAGCCAAAACAGCUACAGGAAGUGCUGGACAUCGCCCGCCUGCUGCUGGUUGAACUGGGCCAGCACAACGACUGUGAGAUCGAGGAGAAGAAAUCCAAACUGGAACAGCUCAAGACCGUCCUGGAGAUGUACGGUCAUUUCUCAGGUAUCAACAGGAAAGUCCAGCUGACAUACCUGCGUAACGGCCAACCUAAAGCCUCCAGCGAAGAAGAAGACUGUAAGAAGGACGGUCCUUCUCUGUUGCUGGUGUUGAAGUGGGGCGGGGAGUUGACGCCUGCAGGCCGGGUUCAGGCUGAGGAGCUGGGCAGGGCUUUUCGCUGCAUGUACCCUGGAGGUCAAGGUGACUAUGCUGGGUUUCCAGGCUGUGGCCUCCUGCGCCUGCACAGCACUUACCGCCAUGACUUGAAGAUCUAUGCCUCUGACGAAGGCAGAGUGCAGAUGACGGCUGCUGCUUUUGCCAAGGGUCUGCUGGCUCUAGAAGGAGAGCUGACACCAAUCCUGGUCCAGAUGGUGAAGAGUGCCAACAUGAACGGACUGCUGGACAGCGACAGCGACUCUCUGACUGACUGCCAACAGAAGGUGAAGGCCAGGCUGCAUGAAAUCAUGCAGAAGAAUCAGGAGUUUACACCAGAGGACUAUGAGAAGUUGGCCCCAACAGGUAGUCCAUCACUGGUGAACUCCAUGAACGUCAUACAGAACCCAGUUAAGACCUGUGACAAGGUGUACGGCCUCAUUCAGAGUCUAACCUCACAGAUCCGAAAGAGACUGGAGGACCCCAAGUCUGCAGACCUGCAGCUUUACCACAGCGAGACGUUGGAGCUGAUGCUGCAGCGUUGGUCCAAACUGGAGAGAGAUUUCCGCAUGAAGAACGGGCGCUACGACAUCAGCAAGAUCCCGGACAUCUACGACUGUAUCAAAUACGACACGCAGCACAACGCUUCGCUUGGACUGGAGGACACGCUGGAGCUGUUCAGAUUGUCCCGCGCCCUGGCUGACAUAGUCAUACCACAGGAGUACGGCAUCAGCAAAGCUGAGAAACUGGACAUAGCUCAGGCCUACUGUGUUCCUCUGAUGAAGAAAAUCCAGCUGGACCUGCAGAGGACCCAUGAGGACGAGGCAGUUAACAAGCUGCACCCCCUGUAUUCUCGGGGCGUAAUGUCUCCUGGUCGUCACGUCCGCACACGUCUCUACUUCACCAGCGAGAGCCACGUUCACUCCCUGCUCAGCAUCUUCCGCUACGGAGGCCUGCUGGAUGAGGAGAGGGACCAGCAGUGGAAACAGGCGAUGGACUACCUGAGUGCUGUGACUGAACUCAACUACAUGACACAAAUAGUCAUCAUGCUGUAUGAAGACAACAAUAAGGACCCCUCCUCAGAGGAGCGUUUCCAUGUUGAGCUUCACUUCAGUCCAGGAGUCAAAGGAUGUGAAGAUGAGGAGAACGUACCUCUCGGCUUCGGCUUCCGUCCAGCUUCCUCUGAGAAUCAAGACAAAAAGCCAAAUCAGGGCAGUCUGGAGGACCUCUCCCAGGACCAGCCAGACCAGGCACUCCCUGUUUCUGAGCCAAUCAACAUCCAGCGAAGGUCUCCCAUGAUCCGCAACCGCAAGACAGGCUCCAUGGAGGUCCUGUCUGAGACCUCUCCCACCCAGUCCUCCAAAGGCUGCACGUCCCACCGACUUUUCCCCUCGUGUUCACGCCAGUCUCCUGAGAUCAAACCAGCCAGUGGCCUAGGCUCGCUCUGCUCUGGCCUCUUCAGUGCCUCUGCCCUUGGGGUGUCCUGUAGCGCCCCCAACCUGCGGGACUACGUCCGCACACACCACCACCAUCACCGAAAACCACCUCUGUCCCCCGGCAGUCUCCCAUGCCAGAUUGGCAUGUUUGAGCCCUCAGACAAGCUCCAUGUAGUCCAGCUGCUCGGGGGGCUUCCCGCUGAGCUGGCCCUGCUGGGGUUUGCCCCUCUGGCUAUGGACGGGGCCAUGGCCCACCACCUGCACCACUGCCCCUACCAUCUCCGCCUCCUCAAGACCUGGCUGAUGUCUGGUCAGGAGCUCCCAGAAUCCCUCCACGGUUUUGAAGGCUGCUCCAUGGUGCCCUCCAUCUACCCACUGGAGACGCUGCACAACUCGCUCUCAUUGAAGCAGGUGGACGAGUUUCUCAACGCAGUGUGUGAGAUCGGCAGCGAGGCCCACGCCAAAACCAUGAAAGCGCUCUCCGGCCUGUUUGACUCUCAGAGCCAGACGUCUCUCUACAGCCCCCAGCAGCCUCUGUCCUCCUCUGGAUCUGAGACGUCUCUCCGGCCUCCGAGUCAGCCUCUAUGGCAUGGCAGCAUCCCCUCCAGUGCUGUAUCCAGUGCGGGCCCCUCUUCCCCGAUCACAGAGAGCUCUGGCCUUAACUUCAGCUUCAGUGAGUAGACACACAAGGACUUCUGGGUAUCUGAGGGCACGAUCUGAAGACCUGGGGUUUGUCCGUCUCUCCGCGUUUUUUUUUUUUUUCCUCUGUCCUUCUGCUAACAGUCACACAAAAAAAAAAAAAAAAACACUGGACGGAGAUGCUGAUUCUGGACAGAGGCCAUACUCUGCCUUGGGUGUUAGAAAUACGCAGACUGUAAACAUAACCACUCAGACUGUGCGCGGACUCUUCUGAUGCGCACCAACUUCAGCUCUGCACAUCCACACCUUCCCUACUCUGUACGGUGAGAAAACACUGGACCUUCAUCAGUUCAAAACCACCUUAUCACCUCGAUCUGCAUCUUCAUUGUCUUGCUAUACAUUCAUAAACCAGCUCCGACUGAGUAACAGUGCAUCAAGCCAACAUUCAGACCAGCUGUGCCUUUAGUUUAAUUCGGAUGCUGCCCACGCUAAAACCAAAAUGCUAUUUUACAGAAUCUUUCACACUGUGUCAUAGAUUACACAUUUGUAAUUCCAAAAAGUAAGGAUGUCCUGUUCUGUUCUCCACCCUGUUGCCUUACAGUAAUACAUGCUUUGAAAUUGAAAUUGAAAUUGAGUUAGUUAACUUCUUUGGCAUUUUACAGUGCAGUUCAUCUCCAAACAUCAGCAUCUAGGGUGAAAAUUAAAGCUUAAAGAAAUAGUUUUAGCUUGGAGAAAUGCAGUGCAAUUUGUAAUGCAAUUUAGAUUGACACCACUGGCAUAUCUGUAUGAUAAAUAAGAUGCUGUGGCCAGCAAGCAACCAGUUACCUUAGUUAAGCAGACUGAAAACAGGGGGAAAUUGUUUGUCUGGCUCAGUCCAAAAAUUAUAAAAACAUCACCUCAAAUUAACAGGUUAUAUCUCAUUUGUUUAAUUUGUUCAAAAACCAAGUGUAACUGUUUGUGCCAAAUUGUUUCUUAGCUGGAUGCAGUAACUUAGUGGAGUCUUCUCAAAUUAUAAUUAGUACACUAAGGGUUUUGUCUGAAUUAAAGACAUGGGGAUAUAACGUGUUAAUUAGUGAACUUUAGACAUGAUAGUAGGGAGAUUUUGUUAUUUUUGGACAGAGCCAGUCUAGAUAUUUCUCUGUUUCCAGUCUUUGAGCUGAGAUAUCUGCUAGGUUUAUCUUUGUAUUUAGUUUCUAACUCAAUAAACCAAAAACAAUUAAGACGAUCUGCAAACUAUAUGUCAAACUAUUACUUUAGGACCAUGUUAACAGUAUUUCACAUUGCACGCCUGGUUUAUAAAGAUGAUUCUGCUAGAAAAGGUUGCACAUUGGAAACUUAAAGAACAGGACCUUAUUCUCAAACCAAAGGAGCAGGUGCAGCUUAAAGCAGUCGACUGUAAAAUACAAAGAUGGACGUUGUGCGACAUCAGGAAUCUGACACUUAUAAUUCCACAGAUUACAAGCAGAUUAUUGUCAAGAGUCUGGAGGGAUACGGGUUCUCAUUUUGAAGUUAUACAUAUGCUUGCCUGCUAAAUUCAGGUAGUGGUACUUUUUCUUAACAGGAUUUUUAGUUUAUUCAUUAAAUCAAAAUAGAAUAGUUUGAAUAUUUUUUUUUAAUACCAGUGUUUGUGUAACACAAAACUUGAGCCAGCUUGAUCAAACUGUAGUAGUGUUUUCUAUAAUCAUCUGCUGUUAAAUGGAAACAGUUUACCUGUAAAUGUGCCUUUAAAUAACUUGGAAGAGAAAUAUUUAAGUUGAAGAAUUCUACAUACUGUGGGUGUCCUGCUGUAUUUUUAUUACUUUUUCAUUUUGAGGGGGGGUUAUAAAUCAAAUUUGAUUUCAAGAAAAUCUGUGGUAAAGAUGUAUUUUAGAAUUGAAGGGAAAAAACCACUUGAUUCAGUGAAUAGUAUAAAUGUACUUCUACAUAGUGACGACUGCCUGAAUACUGCAGUUUUCUUCAGUUUUCUCAGUUGAUGCCGAAUGCUCAGACUGCUUGUGUCCACAUGCAACCUGCUGUCACCAAAUGACAUGUUUAAUUUUAAUGUCAAAUUAAUCAAAUGAUGGUUUGUAAAGACGAGUGAUGCUCAGGUAAAAAUGGAAAAAAGUUUUUAUUGACGUGAUUGAACUGGGGGUCAGUUCACUUUCAGUUUCUUUUUAAAAAGUGAAUCUCUAAGGAAAUAUUUUUAUUACUUUGACCAAAACUGGUAGAGUUACAGCUCUGUCAUAAAACAAUGACUUAUAGUUUUAUUUAUCAAGUACAGAAAUUAUGGACAUUGCAUUGAGGCUCUACUGUCUGUGACACCAAAGUACAGAUGGGAUACAUAAAACAGCUCCCUGCUCAUUUCCAACUCGUUAAACUGAAAAUGCACUGACUCCCCAAACCUGGAAACACCUGCUGUAGAACAAACGUAUAUGUAUAUUUUAGCCAUCAUGGAAAGAAUUUUGGAAUUGAAUAGGAUUAAGUAAUUUUUACUUAAAGGAGAGGUGAUUGAGGUAAUUAUAGUUGUGUAUUUAUGUGAUUAUUUAACAUGCUAUUUAAUGCCAGCCAAAGAGGGUCUGUGUUUCCUGUGACGAGUUUGGCUGCUGGAGAACAAAGUCGAGGUCUAAUGUGUUGUGUUCGAUCUCUUGAGGUUCAGGUUGGGAUGUGAUGCUGGGGGGGAGGCGGUUAAUAAAAAAAACAGUGAAAACAUUGUUCAAUAUGUUCUCAUGAACGACAGAUCACGUGUUCACACCUGAUGUGUGUUUGACUGCGCGCGCGCGUGUGUGUGUAUUGUUAUUAAUGGCCCAAAGUCUAGACACAUAAGCCUGUUAUUGCUCCAUAAACAAAGCUCCUUGUCACUGCUCUGCCAACACACCUCUCUCUCUCUCUCUCUCUCUCUCUCUCUCUCUCU